UAAUAUUUACUUGUUAAGUAUUAAAAUUAAAGUAAUUUAAUAAGUGUUCACAGCUUUCAUAUACUCAAUGUAUAAGGGUGCUAAGUUCAACAUCAAUUAAAUUAAACUAUCAAUUUACAAGCUAUUUACAUAACAUUGUUUAAAAUGUUUGAAAUAUUAUCAACACAUACUGUAUAUUGUUCAGUUUAUAAUAUAAAUACACUACAGUUAUAUUAAUACAGUUAUUUUAAAAACCAUUCAUAAUUGUAUAUUAUAAUUGUGAAAAUUAAUACAUGCUACUAGCAUUAAUCAACAAACUCGUAAGGCAUACAAUGGCUUUUAAUGAUGAGAGGGCUCGCUAUCUAUCGAUGCCAUUGACUGAGAAGCGACGGGAAUACCAGUGCGGCGAUGACUACAAGACAUUGGCGUCAAUACAACCACUGAGACAAUCAACGAAUGGAGUAAAGGAUUCAAUGGACGACUCGAUGGACUCAUUGUGUGAUAAGAUAUCGGUGUUUGUCGGCGACAUAACUACCCUCGAGGUCGACGCUAUUGUCAACGCCGCUAAUAAGCACCUGAUGCCUGGUGGUGGAGUGGACGGAGCCAUAUAUAAAGCUGCCGGUGCUCAGUUACUACAGUCUGAGACACAGACAUUAGGUGGUUGUCCAACGGGUAGCAGUAUUAUCCAUACUGUGGGACCGGUUGGUGAGAAUCAGAAGGAACUGGAGUCGUGUUAUAAGGGUUCAUUGGAUUUAAUGGCUGAACAUAACCUAAAGUCGAUAGCCUUUCCCUGUAUAUCAACCGGUAUUUAUGGCUAUCCCAAUGAAAAGGUUGCCCAGGUAGCUAUAGGGACAGUAAGUAAAUGGUUGCAUACUAGCCAAUAUGCCCCGCAAGUUGACCGGGUGAUAUUUUGUCUGUUUUUAGAAAAGGACAUUGAUAUUUAUACUAAACUUAUUCCGACAUAUUUUCCCAUGAACAAAUUAUAA